AUGUUUGAGAAUGAGGCACAAUUUUUCGGUUUUACACCUCCUUCACUUGCUGACAGCUUAAUUCUUGCUGUUAACAAUAUAUUUUUUGAGGUUAUUAGAAGUUUAUAUAAAACUUUGAAAAAGAAGGGCUAUCCUCCAGAAAAACUAACUAGAGAGCUUAACAAAGUUUUAGCUAUACUUCAGGAAUCAGUCUAUGAUAAGUUUGACUUCAUUGAAAUAUACUGUUCUUGCAGUAUUUUUAAUAUCCCCAAUUUCGUCGAUAUACCUUUUGACGAGCAUGUAGAAGUGUGCGAUUUUGAAGAAGCAGCUUUAAAACUAGAUGAGAAUACUCUUGCCUUGGAAGGCCGGAUGCAAACUAAUAUUCAACUUCAAAAGAUCGCCAACUCUCUUUAUCUUCAACUUAAAGGUCUUCAAGAUUUAGAAGUGGUGGUAGAUGACUUAUAUAUCGAAUGCAGCUUUGACUCUGGUUCUAAUAUUUCUGAAGAAGUGGCAUAUGCUUGGGAUAAUAUCUUUUUGUUAGCUAAUAAAGUAGUAGAGUUGUUUGACAAGGUCAACCUUUAUCUCCACACCUAGAGGAUUGUUAAAGAGGCUUUUCCCCAAACUUAAUAUAAGAGAACUUGUACUACUUUAGAAGAAUACUUAGCAGAAUGGAACGCCAAAAAUUAAAGACCUAAAGAAAG